AGAUCAGAAAAUUUAACAGGGUGGCAACCUUUAAACAUAUUAUAGGAAAAAAUGUCUCAGCGACUUUUGCCCAGGCCCUUGGCGUCAAAUGGCGGCUGGCUCUGUCUGCUGUUGCCGCUGGCAUUAGUCAUAAGUUAUUUACACGCACAUACAACAAAGGCGCCGGUUUGCAACACAUCAACAAAUGCAUCGCAUCGAUUUCUUAUUGUGAUUGCAAUUGGAACUUGCAUGAGGACGCUUUGUUUCCUAUUAAACUCUUGCGUGGAAACAGGACUAGCAAUUAAGAGUGUAAUUAAUCUAUUGCCCGGCACGGUUGCCAGUCUCUGCUUUGCUCUGCUGCCAGAAACCACCUGGAUCUUAUCAGUGAUUGCUGGUUUCCUUAUCACUGCACUUUAUCAGCGUGUGUAUCUCAGUGUGUUGCGUGGAUUCCCAAAGACAUUUACCCUGGGAGAGGCUGCCAUACUGGUGCAAGGACUCGUCCUAUUCCUGUUCAAUGCCACAAGUCGCAUUUACGCGUUGUUCCCGCUGGAAGCGAAACUUACAACGGAUUUUGGCCAGUUAAAUGCGAUAAUGCAGAGUGCUUUAAUCUGUCUCUUUAUUGCCUGUGUGCUUUUGGCUUUGCUACCGCGCUUGAGGCAACCUGUGCCCUUUUACCUUCUAAUGGCACUGCUGGCCACGGCUGUCACCUGUGCUCCUGUAACCCAGCCAAUGCCUUUGAUUGCCCUGCUCCGUUUCAUAUUCAGCGAUCAAAAGCGCCUGUACAUCAUUGUCUUCUAUCUGCUGCUGGUGGCACUCACCUGUGCCACCGUCAGCUGGCAGCUGGGCAACUCGACACAGGCCAACACACGUGUCCGAAAGAUAUUCCAUCUGCUGAUUGUGCUGGUCUUUGUGCCUGGCCUGGUUUAUGAGUGCGCCUUGCUGUACAUCGCCUCGGGCAUUGCCUUUGCCAUCUUUGUGGUGUUGGAGCUGAUCCGCUUGCUGCAGAUGCCGCCGUUUGGUGCCACGCUGGUCCAGGCUUUCGAAUCGUUCAAGGAUGUCAAGGAUGCCGGUCAAUUGGCGCUCACACCCUUCUGUCUAUUAAUCGGCUGCUCACUGCCCAUUUGGCUGACUUCCUGUCCCUGUCCGACGUCCACGAAUCCCAGUCUGCUGAUGCUGCUGUCAGGCAUACUGGCUGUUGGUGUGGGCGACACAGCUGCCAGUGUGGUGGGCUCUAAAUUUGGACGCAACAAGUGGUCAAAUUCCACUCGUUCCUUGGAGGGCACUGUCGCUUUUGUUGUGUCCAUUUUACUGUCGGUCUGGGCACUGGAGCUGGGCGGAAUCUUGAACAUGACGCAGGCCAAAUGGUUUGCCACUGUUUUUGCAGCAUUGAAUGCAGCAUUAGUCGAGGCAUUCACAGAUCAGGUGGAUAAUCUGGUGCUUCCCCUCGUCUUUUACAUAUUUGUUGGCCUUGCUUAAGCCAUAUUGCAAAGUGAUAUGUUUUUUUAUUUUUGUAAAUUUAUUAUCAUUCCUUUUAAGCCAAAGAAAUUCCUUUAUUUAUCUAAAAAAAAUACAUUAGAAUUAUAAAUUUAUAACGGA